AUGGCCACCUUUCCAAAAACCCUACCUUAUCUCCUUCUCGUCCUCUCCAUCUUCCUUCUUUCUGAGGGUCUUCAGCAACAAGAUUCUGAGAAAAAGCUUCAAGAAUGCUAUCAACGGUGCGAGAAAACGCAAUUGGAGAAGGCCAGCUUGGAACACUGCAAGAUACGCUGCCAAGCUGAGCACGGUGGAGAUGUUUAUCAAGAAGAGAGAGGAGAAAGAGACUACGUUUUCCGGAAAGAGAGGUUUGUGCAGAGGCUCAGGACUGAACAUGGGACCGUGAGAGUCCUCCCAAACUUCUACCAAUUGUCCAAGUUGUUGGUCGGGGUUAGUAACUACAGGGUCUCAGUUAUCGAUCUCAAACCAAGAGCCUUUCUCAAACCUCAUCAUCUUGAUGCUGAGGUCCUUCUCUUUGUUGCCAACGGACGUGGAAGUGUUGGUGUGGUGGAUUCGGAGAGCAGGAACACUCAUGAUGUGAGAGAGGGUGAUAUCUUGAGGAUUCGGGCUGGGUCCAUCUUCUACUUGGCUAACAAGGAUAGCAAUGAGAGGUUCAUCAUUGUGAAGCUGUUGAAUCCAGUCACCCAGUAUGGCCAGUUUAAGGAGUACUUUGCUGUUGGCUUCCAGCAAGCUUAUCUUCAGCGCUUCAGUAGAGAGGUUAAAAGGGCAGCCUUCAAUUUAAAAGCUGAGGAAGUUGAAGAACUAUUUGGAGGACAACAGCAAGGACAGCAGCAGCAACAGCAACAGGGAGCAAUCAUAAGAGCAUCAGAACAGCAGAUCAGAUCAAUCAGAGGGUCAGAAGGUGGCAGUUCACGUCCAUCCACUGAGUCAAGGGGUCCAUUCAAUCUCUACAAGAAACGACCCACACACUCCAGCAACCGUGGGAGACUCAUUGAGGCUGACCGUAAUGAUUACCAGCCACUGAGGGACUUGGACAUUCAAGUCACCUUCGCCAACCUCACUAAGAGAUCCAUGUUGGGCCCGUUCUUCAACACUGAGUCACACAAGAUAGCAUUAGUAACACAAGGACGAGGCACUAUAGAGUUUGUGUGUCCUCAUCUCUCUAGCCAGAGACAACCAAGAGAAGGUGAAGAACAAGAGAGUGAGCAGACAAGAGGAGAACAUGGACAAGAACAAGAAGAAGAGCAAGAGCAAGAGCAAGAGCAAAAUGAGCCAAGGUAUGAAAGAGUUAGGACUGAAGUUAGUCAGGGUACUCUCUUCGUCAUCCCACCAGAUCAUGCGACCGUGCUGAUAUCUUCCGACGAGAAUCUUGAGGUGAUUUGCUUUGAGACAAGAGCUGAAAGGAACCAGAGGAUCUAUCUGACUGGUCCUAACAAUCCAUAUAGAAGAAUGGAAGAUGCUGUUAAGGAGUUGACCUUUGGAAUAAGCUCAAGGAAAGUUGAUGAGAGGUUGGCUCAGCAGAAAGAGAGGGGGAUCCUCCCUGGUCCUGAGGAAAGAGAACGCCAGGACCCUCUGUUUUCUAUCACUGAUUCCUUUGAGGUUUGA